UAGCUCAUACAUUUUUUCCUCCAAAAUAAAGCUGCCAAGGAGGUGCCAGAAUUCCAAAAGCAGCAUCAGAUCAUAGAAGACAGAGCCCCUCCUAUCCUGAGAGCUUAGAAAACAGCGUGAGAGAUUCAAGUUAAACCCAAGGAAGAACUUCCUGACUGUGACGGCUGCCCUGGACUGGAAUGAGUUCCAGCAGCAGAAACAUGAGGUUUUGGAGCCUCUUCCUCCUGGUGAUGCUCCUGGCUGUGGGGAGCCAGCUGCCUGCUGCCUCUGGCCGGAAGAAGGGAGAGAAAGCAGGGGGCUGCCCGCCAGAUGACGGGCCCUGCCUCCCAUCGGUGCCUGACCAGUGCGAGGAUGACAGCCAGUGUCCCUCGACCAUGAAGUGCUGCUACCAAGCUUGCUUCCGCCACUGCGUCCCCCGGGUCUCAGUGAAACGGGGCAGCUGCCCUGAGGACCGACUGCAGUGCCUGAGCCCCACCAAGCACCUGUGUCACCAGGACUCGGACUGCUCAGGCAAGAAGCGGUGCUGCCACAGCGCCUGCGGCCGGGAUUGCCGAGAUCCUGCCAGAGGCUAAUUCUGGUUUAGGAUCCAUGGCUCUGCACUGCAGGUGGGAGCAGCAGAAAGAGUUGAUGCUGGGAAUCCUGAGGCCUCCCAGACAGCACCGUCCCUGCCAGCAGCAGUUCCAGCCUUCCACUAGACACUGGCCUGUCGUCUGUUCCCUGCGACCCAGCCACUGAAGGCCUCUGUAACACCCAGUACCCCGCACCACUGCCACACUGAGCUGCCCCCCCUUCCCAGCACCUACUUUCACCUCUCUCUGCACGUUUCCUCCACCUAACAUGCCCAAUUCAGGCAGGCCCCUCUUUGUGGAGCCCUAACCCUACCCUCAGGCAGCCCAACUGCCCAGAACAUAUGUUCUAGCAGAAUUUUCCUAACAUCAGUCCAUUUACAUACACCUCUUUCACAGUUUUCACCAUAUCUGCAAACCAGUGUUAUGAUAUGUUGCAUGCUGCCUGUACUACUAUUCACUUAUG